UGAGCACCUUUACCCUCUGCCUCGACGUUAGAAAGACCCUCAGGCGACCAGAAGUCUACAAAAAUGGCCAGCGAGGAACAUCUGGAGAAGAAUGAUCACGAGUCUGAGUCCGAGGAAGAGGAGGAGGAGCAAUCGAUCCCCCAGGUCGAUGUCGAUGUAACAAAAUUAACGCCUUUGACACCAGAAGUCAUUGCGAAGCAGGCUACAAUUAACAUAGGAACAAUUGGUCACGUCGCCCACGGAAAAUCCACGGUCGUAAAAGCAAUAUCGGGGGUACAGACUGUGCGGUUUAAGAACGAGCUGGUGCGAAAUAUCACGAUCAAGCUGGGUUAUGCAAACGCAAAGAUAUACAAGUGUGAAAAUCCUGCAUGCCCGCGACCGGGUUGCUACCGGUCAUAUCGCUCCGACAAAGAGGAGAACCCACCAUGUGAACGGCCAGGAUGCAACUCCCGUAUGAAACUUGUCCGGCAUGUCUCCUUCGUCGAUUGUCCUGGUCACGACAUUCUCAUGGCUACCAUGUUGAACGGUGCUGCGGUCAUGGACGCCGCUCUACUCCUUAUUGCUGCGAACGAGACUUGUCCACAGCCUCAGACGUCUGAGCACUUGGCAGCUGUGGAGAUCAUGAAACUGGAACACAUCAUCAUCCUGCAAAAUAAAGUGGAUCUCAUCAAGGAAGCCCAAGCCUUAGAUCACCAGAAGAGCAUUGCAGCGUUUGUCAAGGGAACUGUCGCGGAGUCAUCACCCAUUGUUCCUAUAUCGGCCCAGUUGAAAUACAACAUUGACGCUGUGAACGAGUACAUCGUGAAACGCAUCCCCGUCCCAGUUCGAGAUUUCACUUCCACACCCAAGCUCAUUGUCAUCCGUUCAUUCGACGUGAACCGGCCAGGUGCCGAGGUCGACGACCUGAAGGGCGGUGUCGCGGGUGGAUCAAUCUUGUGCGGCGUGCUCAAACUCGGCCAAGAGAUUGAGAUUCGGCCUGGUAUUGUGACCAAGGACAGUUCCGGGCGGAACCGCUGCGCACCCAUUUUCAGCCGGAUAGUGUCCCUACACGCCGAGAAUAACCUGCUGGACUAUGCGGUCCCUGGUGGACUGAUUGGUGUCGGAACAAGAAUUGACCCUACGCUCUGUCGUGCGGAUCGUCUCGUCGGUCAGGUCCUGGGUGCUCCAGGGAAGUUGCCGCAGGUAUACUCAGAACUGGAGAUCAAUCUCUUCUUGCUCCGUCGACUACUGGGUGUGAAGACAGAGGACAAGAAGCAGACGAAGGUGUCGAAACUCACCAAGAACGAGCUUCUACUUAUCAACAUUGGGUCCACAUCCACCGGUGGACGGGUGCUGAACGUGAAGGCCGACUUGGCAAAGAUCCAGCUUACUUCGCCCGCAUGUACAGAAAUUGGAGAGAAGGUUGCGUUGUCACGUCGUAUCGAGAAGCACUGGCGGUUAGUCGGUUGGGGAAGUGUACAGCGCGGAACAGUGUUAGAAGUGGACUGAUGUAUUCACGUUACAUAAAUCGCUGUAUCACGUAGAUCUUUUCAUUGCUUUGGGAAAUGUAUCUACCAGAAGACAUCCCUGUCAUUCCGGUGUAUGCCUUUGACGACACAGCACGGGUGAGCUGAAUCGAAUGUAUAUUGAGCGGUGGUGGCGGAUAUAAUCGAUUAUGUGCAAUACAGGUAGUACAUGUUGCUAUGUCGUGAUACGCUGCGGUCUGAUAAGGUCCAGCUCUCGGGCAUCGAUACCUCGGAACGGCCUGGUCUUAACAUGCCUACUCUCUAGUUCUCGUUUGCUGAGCCAUGCAUAGAAAAGCUCCGCGCAAUCCUUGGCCACGACGAAGAGACCAAGGCCUAUGGUGUUUCGGAACCAGACAGGGUCCAUCUCAUUCCAGCUCCGCGUACCAUGCAUGAUCACCCGAAGCACGGCCCAGGAGAACGUCGUGACCUGCUGAGCAGGCGUGAGCUUGUAAAAGGCAGGCGAUAUAGCCGAAGUAAUCCGGAGCCCUACGCUCAUCGGGGGCUUGACGCCCAGGAAUUUUCGGAGCAGCGAUGAAUGCUGGGAGAGUCGAUACAGAAGGGUGCCCAUACGAUUCGAUAUCGUAGGUAUCAUCAGCGCACCACCGAUCAGCCUCCCGAUGGACGAGCUCGUAUACCGGGCUGUAGGCUGGUUGUCGUUUUCCUCUGCGUCACCGUCCUCAUUUCCGCCGUCACGCUGCUGUGCAUCUGCGUGUUGCUGUCCUGCUUGCACCUGUCCUUCCCGGCGCCGCUCACCCAGAACGUUGGCCGCGAUCCGAAGCCGUAAGGGGCCGGCUCCGCCCUCAUCGAAGUCCCAUAGGAAGCGGCGCAUUCGCCUACCGUCAGGAGCUCGCGCAGGUUGCGUAUCGAGCACGUAGUGGCAGAAACGGUUCCAGCACCGCCUGUAUAGACUUUUGACCCCCAACCAUAAAAAUAUCGACAAAACGGGCCCUGGGGGCCAGGAUAGGAACCCCUCUUGGUUGGGUGCAAGGGGGAAGUAAUCGGUGUCUGGAGCAGGCCGGAAGAGGGGAGCUCCGUCGGUCUGUACAGGUUUCGUGAUAGCCCAUGUAAUAAACAAGGGUAUUGUCGCGGUCAGGGUUGUCUCGGUAAGUGAUGUGCGGGAAAGAAUGAGAGUGAGGGGGAUCAUAGGGAGGUUAAACCAAGCGUGGAGUGGCCACUUGCCCGGAUCGUCUGUUAUUAGAUGAUCGAACAUCUCCUUGCCCAAGAAUUCUUGCAUGGCGUGGAGA